AAUCCUGUCCGGCCGCAACACGUUUACUCGGCACGAUUGGUCUGUGUGUUUCUGGGCCGUCCUUGGGCACUACGCACCGGCUCCGGGUUGGCUUUACGGAGCGGUCCGCCUAGUAUCCGUAGGGAGAUGACGAACAACGCAAGGCCUCUUGAUGGUCUUUGCGAUCGUGGAGAUCGACCGCGGAAUGUAACUCUGGGUGGUUGCAAAUCCCCAAGCUUAUCGUUUGUCCGGUCGAGACCGGCCUGGAGACACGACUCAAAGACGAGAAUGUUCCUUCAUGGCCAAGGACUGAUGAUGCACUUGAACCGCCUGCGCCAGUUCGCGUUAUCCCAUCAAGGGGGCAUUUUAGGGGUCACGAAGUCUUGCUUAUUGGCGGAGCUGCGGUUGACCCCAGUGCAGAUGUCUCGCCUUUUCUAG